AUGUCACCACUACUAUGGCCUACUUAUACCUUCUUCCAGACACAACCUUGGUCCUUCAGCUGUGGCUCGACUGUCGAUUACGCCAGUAGGGCUAUUGACCAAUUACUCACUGCCUAUCUUCCAAUUUACCACGAACAAGGUACCACAGAACCAAACAUCAUGAAGAUGCCGGAAGUAUCCGAAGUUGACGAUAAAUUCAUAUUCAAUGUUUCUUCCAAUCUCGCAACCAGCUUCCGCCUUCGUGUUACUCUCCUACAAGAUGCCACUUUACUCGCUUUUGGUAUUUCGCACCACAUCUGUGAUGGCAAUGAUUGCUGGGAAGUAGUCAAAGCAUUCUGCGAUCUACUGUCCAACAAGCCAAUUCCUUUGUUUGCUCUUCCACCUGAUGUUGGGGAUGUCCGAAUGUCUGAUUUGAUGAAAGUUAAACAUGAGAGCACCAAAGCGGAAUCAAACUUCCACUACCAGAUGCAUGCUCAGAACUAUGACAGUGGGAUAUUCAAGCUGGUAAUAACUAUGUGGCAUGUGCUGCUGGCGAUCCUUGCCGUUAAGCUCGGAUUCCGCGAAGAACUUAAAACCAAGUUCAUCCACAUUUCAGGUACAUGGGUCGACGAACUACGGGUCAAAGCGCAGGCAGAGCUGAAAGGUUGCUCUCCCGAAAUUCAACUCACACGAAAUGAUGUUAUCGCUGCGUGGUACCUGAAAUGCGUCUAUUCCUCUCAACCUGUAGCCACAUCCCACCACCCAGUGGAUUAUUUUGGUAUUAUCAACUUUCGUCGCUUUAUUGAGCCCCCAAAGGCUGGAACAUACUACAUUCGCUGUAGUGUUUUAGCACUUCGAUGCGAUUUCUCUAUCUGGCAACUGAAAGAAGACUCGGUUGCUGACAUUGCAAGGCACAUACGCCUCAAAACACUGCAAUUUACGUCCACCGAGUCGAUCCGACAAAGCCUUCAAUUCUCAGAAGAUCAUUUAUCGAAGCCAAUCUCAUUAGCGCUGCGUGGCACUGGAAAACUAGGGUUUGCUGUUGUGUCCCAUUGGACAACGUUCGAUUAUACAGGCCUUGAUCUUUCUGGCGCCAGUCUCAGCGAAAAGAAACCCUCGGUCGUAUUUGUCAAUCCUAUGAUUGUGCACAAAUUGAAUUUCACGUUAGUACCUGUGGCUGUUGUAGCGAAGGAUGGGUCCGGAGGCUACUGGAUUCGGGCUACGAAUACGUCGACAGGCUGGGACCAGUUCAACCGAUCUAACGACAUGGAAACACUAUUCCCUAAAUCGUGA